AUGAAGAUUGCGGCGGUGGUGGCGAUUUUCUUGGUGUCAUCAUGCACCGAACCAUCUUGUUUUGCAAACGGCCAGAGAAGCACGGACGAGCGCAGUCUACUCGACUUCGACCUCGUCGUAAGCUUUGUCUUGGCGUCGCUCGUGGCACUCGUCCAUCGAUACACCGCCGCGUCGUACGCUUCCAAGGCAUGA